AUGGCCGGCCUGAAUGUCUCCAUUGCUUUUUUUUUCCUGGUUGUUGGACUGUGCCAGGCACUCAGGCGGUUUUCCAAGUGGCUUCUGUCUCCUGGAGCAUACAGCUGCUUUGCAAGAGAACUUGCUGGCUCGUUACAGUUGUGCAUGAGCUGCCUUGAGCUGAGGAUGUUGCUGGAGAUCGGCCCAUGGGGUGGUGGCUUUGGCCCAGAUGUUGUCCUGACUCUGCUCUUCCUCCUCUUCGCUGUUCACGGCACCUCUUUUGACGGAGCAUCUGCCAACCCGACCAUCUCUCUCCAGGAAUUCUUGCUCCUUGAGUCCAACCUUGCUGCAACUGCUGCCAAGCUGCUGGCCCAGUGUGUGGGCAUGGCGAUGGCAUGGGUUGUCACCAAGAUCUACUGGUCCUGGCAGCUGACACAUUUCCAUCUCAUCCAGAACCUUAUAGCAUCAGAGUGCAGCUCCUCCAUCCACACGUCUCUACACCACGCUGCCUUUGUGGAAGGCACCUGCUCUUUUCUUUUCCACCUUGUCCUUCUCAAGUUGCAACAGAGUAAUCUGAUGUACCAGAUCCCUGUACUGGCAGCGACUGUCACCUUCCUGACCUACGCAGCCGGACCAUUCACAGGGGCCUUCUUCAACCCUGCCCUAGCCACAGCUGCCACCUUCCAUUGCUCAGGGAGCAGCUUUUGGGACUACGUCCAGGUUUACUGGUUGGGGCCCCUUGCAGGGAUGCUCAUUGCCCUUUUGCUGUACCAAGGCAACAUCCCACGAUUCUUCCAGAAAAACCUCCUUUACAGCCAGAAAAGCAAAUACAAGAUACCCAAGGCAAGGGUGGCGGUGCAUGUGGAGGGUGGCGAACCACAGCAGAAGAGGAAAGGGGACAAGAGCAACUCUAAACCUUGUGCCUGA